UUUGUGUUGACGUCGUCGUUGCGUUGCGGUGCGAGGCCCCCGUUGCUUGUCUAGGCAGAGUGCACCCACGUUUCACGUAUCCCAUUUUCGUUGACUUGCGCGAGCUUCUGCGCGACUGUUCUUCGUGUUUUACUUCUUCUAACACUUUGUUAUGGCUGGGUCAGCGUCGACACUCUGGAUGGGGGACUUGGAGCCUACCAUGGACGAGUACUUUGUGCAGCAGGCAUUCAGUAUGAUGGGCGAGAACCCGGUUCACGUGAAAAUCAUCCGAGACCGACUCACGGGGUUGCCGAGAGGCUACGGAUUCCUGGACUUUGGUGACGAAGAAGCCGCGGAGCGAGCGUUGCUGCGCUGCAAUGGGAAACCAAUUCCUAAUGCAAUGCAGCCGAAGACAUUCCGGCUAAACCAUGCAAACAACAGCACAGGAGGAGGUGGUGGCGGAGGCUAUCAACAACAACAAGGCUACGCCAACGGCGGUGGCCGCCCCCAAUAUGGAUCAUCGUCAAAUGAGCUGUCCAUGUUCGUGGGCGACCUCUCAGCCGACGUGGACGACACCCUGCUUUACCAGGCAUUCUCACAGCGUUACCCAUCGGUCAGAGCUGCCAAAGUCGUGAUGGAUCCAACUGGCCUGAGCAAGGGCUUUGGCUUUGUGCGCUUCUCGGAUGGGACCGAAUACCAGGAGGCUCUGGUAGACAUGCAGCACUCCCUUCUGGUGGGCUCCAAGCCCAUCCGUGUUGGUGUCGCCAACCCUCGCAGAGCUGCAGCCGGUCCUGGUGGUCAACGUGUCUUCUACCGUAACCAGUCAUCAGACUACUACUAGCUGCGACUUGUUCAACUAACUUUCUUGAGGUUGCAGACCUAUUGCGCAAGUGUCUGCUUCAUUGCGUGCGUCUUCUGAAUGUCUGUAACUUGCAGCACUCUUUUAACAAGUGUUUUUUGGGUUCACCUGUCACAUUUUAGCUGUACAUAUGUGCACUUAAAUGACAUAGACUUCAGGAAAAGCUAGAGUGUGAGCCUCGUUUUCAUCCUCGGCAUGGUGUGGCAUUUAGCAGGGAUUUCGCAGACAAUUACAGUUGCUUGUUCAUAUGAAAAUUGUGCGUAUUAAGUGCGAAGUGGUCUAAAUGUUGCUUCGUGUUUACUGGUGUGAAUCUUGUAUUCCAGAAAUGAACUUGCUCUUCGAAACUUUUGUGUCUUUAAAUAAUAAAAAUAGUAGGCAUGCUUGUAUUUAAGCAUUUGAACAAAUGUGUUCUGAUCACAAGUUAAGCAUAUUGCAGUUUAUCACGUGAAUUUUCUUUUUCUUCAUUGUUGCAAUUCUUUUUUAUGUCUGAAUGUUUUGCAUGCAGUUUUAGUACUGUAACAAGCAUGCUGCCUUGUACGAGGACCAUAUUUAGAAGGCUUGUAUGCAAUAAAACUCUGCUACUCAAGUUGUA